GAGUGUUGUCCUCAUAGCGAUAGAUUUUCCAAGAAGCUCCCAACUUCAAUGUCCAUCUUGGCGUGCUUCUUUCUUGCUUUAAUCCCUUAUUCAACUUCAAUUACUUUCAAUUUCAUAAAUAUUACUUCAAAAAAUUCCCAUGAAAUAAUAUUAUCAGGUGAUGCAGCUUAUACCACUGAUGAUGGAAUCCAGUUGACCGGUGGAAGUUAUAAUGAUCGAUAUGGUUCAGUCUGGUUAGCAGGUCGAGCAACGUACACCAAACUUCUUCAUCUUUGGGACGGGAGCUCUACUGAUCUGGCCAGCUUCUCUACGAGCUUCACAUUUGUGAUGGAUUCAUACCUAAACGAGAAGCACGGUGAUGGUCUCACAUUCUUCCUUGCUGAGGAAAAUUUUGUGAUGAAUGCAGGAGGAUACUUGGGGCUUCCUUACGAUUCUACAACCAACACCACUAGAUAUCGAUUUGUUGCUGUGGAGUUUGAUACUUUUGGUGGAAACGAUUGGGAUCCAAAAGAUCCGGAUACUAAUAAUAUGUCGAUAAAUGACCAUGUGGGCAUCGAUAUUGGCUCUAUUACUUCCGUUGUGUCUCGAAAGUGGUUUAGCAAUAUAACAUAUGGGAAAGAGUGUAGAGCUUUGAUUAAUUAUAAUGCUGAUUUCAAAACUCUUAGUGUUUCCUUCAUUAGUUUUAAAGAUCAUUUAUCUGUAUGGGAAACUGGGCUUGAUUACGCCAUUGAUCUAAGGCACGUGUUGCCUGAAUGGGUAAUUUUUGGGUUUUCGGCUUCCACUGGAAAUCGAUUCGAGAAAAACAAUGUAAUAUCUUGGAAGUUUAAUAGUACUGAGUUUAAGGUUGACGAUAAAAAUAGGAAAGACCAUAUGUCGAGUAAGAUGAGAUUAAUAGGUGGAGCAUUGCUUCUAUUUACUGGGUUGGCAAUACUUGCAUACUUUUUAUGGAUACGGAAGAAAAAGCAUGGCGAUGAAGCGGAGGAAAUUGCACUGUUGGAGAUUAACAAUGAGAUUGAAAUGGGGGCCUCCAUGCCAAGAAGUUUUUCUUACCAUGAAUUAGCUCGCUCAACUGCGGACUUUGCUGAGACAGAGAAGCUUGGAGAGGGAGGUUUUGGAGGAGUUUACAAAGGUUUUCUAAAAGAUUUAAGCAUGUGGGUCGCUGUCAAAAGGGUGUCGAAGACUUCCAAACAAGGCAUCAAAGAGUAUGCGUCAGAAGUAAGGAUCAUUAGCCGAUUGAGGCACAGAAACUUGGUGCAACUCAUCGGUUGGUGCCAUGAGAAAGGAGAACUUCUGCUUGCUUAUGAAUUUAUGGAAAACGGAAGCUUGGAUUUACAUCUUUUUAAAGGAAAGAGCAUGUUGACAUGGAACUCAAGGUACAAAAUUGCCCAUGGUUUGGCUUCUGCUUUGUUAUAUUUACAUGAAGAAUGGGAGCAAUGUGUCUUGCACAGAGAUAUCAAAUCAAGUAAUGUGAUGUUGGACUCAAAUUUCAAUGUGAAGCUUGGUGACUUCGGGCUGGCUAAGUUGGUUGACCAUGAGAAAAGCACGCAAACAACGAUGUUGGCAGGAACCUUCGGUUAUAUGGCUCCUGAAUAUCUAUUCACUGGCAGAUCAACCAAGGAAUCAGAUGUUUUUAGUUUCGGAGUUGUUGCAUUGGAAAUAGCCUGUGGGCGAAAAGCCACUGACUAUAUAUCUCUAGAAAAACAAAUACGGUUAGUAGAAUGGGUUUGGGAGCUUUAUGGGAAUGACAGUACUUUAGAAGCAGUCGAUCCGAGUCUAGGGUCAGAGUUUGAUGAAGAAGAAGUCAGGCGUUUAAUGAGCAUUGGUUUAUGGUGCGUGCACCCCGACUCAGAAUUUCGUCCUUCGAUGAGACAAGCCAUUAAGGUACUAAACUCCGAAGCUUCCAUGCCGUUACUACCCUCAAAGAUGCCAAUAGCUUAUUUUUUGCCACCUCUAGCGUCCUUGCUUUCCGAUUUCUCUUCCACUAGCCAAUACCAAUCCUUAAGUAGAACUCUAGAACCUCCUAGAACUGAAUCAUCAAAGCAAACAACGUCAUCGUCGGCAAAUUCUUCUUGUUCCCAAUUCAUAUCAAUGUCACAUUCAAUGCAAUGAAAUGUCUAGAUAAGUGCUAUUUGCGAGAAUUCAAAUCUCGAUACUAUUUCCAGGUUUGUAUGAAGCCAACAUUUUUUUUAUGUUUAUGUUUAAUUUGUUCA